GGUAGGAGGGCUCUGUGGAGGGAUCUGGAUAGGCCGGACUGAUAGGCCAGAUCGACAUGCCGAGGGCAACUGUAGGAAGUUCAACCGUGUCCUGCACUUGCAGCUCAACAAGCCCAUGCAGCGCUACAUGCUGGGGGAAGAGUGGCUGGAAGCUGCCUGGCAAAAAGGGACCUGGGGGUAUUGCUCAACAGCAAGCUGAACAUGAACCAGCAGUGUGCUCAGGUGGCCAAGAAGGCCAGCAACAUCCUGGCUUGUAUCGAAAAUCGUGUGACCAACAGGACUGGGAAGUGAUUGUCCCUCUGUACUUGGCCCAGGUGCAGCUGCACCUUGAAUACCAUGUUCUGUUUUGGGCCCCUCACUACAAGAAGGACAUUGAGGUGCCGGAGCAUGUCCAAAGAAUGGCAAUGAAGAUGCUGAAGGGUCUAGAGAAUGAGUCUUAUGAGGAGUGGCUGAGGGAAAUGGGGUUGUUUAGCUUGGAGAAAAGAAGGCUCAAGAGACACCUUAUUGUACUUUACAAUUACCUUAGGGGAGGUUAUAAUGAGGUGGGGAUUGGGCUCUUCUCUCAAGCACCAAGUGGUAAGACAAGGGGAGAUGGCCUCAACUUGCACCAAGGGAGGUUAAGGUUGGAUAUUAGGAGAAAUUUCUUUACUGAAAGGGUUUGGCAGCAUUGGAAUAGGCUGCCCAGGGAAGUGCUGGGAGCAAAACAAGUACAAACUUGUCUGCAAAAGCCUGUGCAGACAAAUCAUCUACUCAGCAUUGGUGAGGUCACACCUGGAGUAUUAUGUCCUGUUCUGAGCUACCCAAUGCAAGAGAAACAUGGACAUACUGGAAAGGGUCCAACACGGGCCCACAAAGAUGAUGAAGGGACUGGAGCAUCACUCCCAUAA